AUGCAAGAGACGACAAAACCCAACUCAAACGAUCAUGCCAAGAAAAAACAAAUGCAAAGAGCGAUUAAAAACGAAAAAAUCUACAAGUUCUUUCACCAACAUGUACCGAUCACCAAGUGGCUUCCAAAAUACAACAGUGAAAAUGCGAUGGGUGAUAUGAUAGCAGGUAUCACAAUUGGACUCACGAUGGUACCACAAAGCAUUGCAUAUGCAUCGCUGGCUAAUUUAUCACCACAGAUUGGGUUGUAUUCAGCUCUGAUGGGAGGGUUCAUAUACAUGACUUUCGGGACCGUUAAGCAGGUUUCCAUGGGACCUACAUCUCUAAUGGCUUUACUCACUUACGAGUACACAAAAAAUUUGACUCAAGAAUAUGUGGUGCUAUUGACAUUCAUGUGUGGAAUCGUUGAAAUAUCGAUGGGAUUAUUUAAACUUGGAUUCUUGGUCGACUUUAUCUCCACUCCGGUGACAUCGGGCUUUACAACCGCUACUUCCAUUAUUGUGAUUAUGUCACAAGUAAAAGGUAUUUUGGGCGUGAGAUUCAAAGGCGAUACAGUUAAAGACAUAUUGGAGAAACUGAUAGAGCACUUUCACGAGAGGAGAAGCGGUGACAUGAUUUUUGGACUAGGCGCCAUUGCUUUAAUUCUAUCUAUGAGGGAAUUACGUAAUGUACCGGUCAAAGGGAAUCUGAAAAAAGUUUUGUGGUUCAUUUCCCUGAGUCGGAACACAUCUGUCGUCCUACUCGCAAUGUUUAUCACGUAUUUAUUCGAAUCCAGCGGAACUCCCGUGCCGUAUUUAACCUCAGACACUGCUGAAACUGGAUUGCCGUCACUACAGUUUCCGCCCUUUGGAUACACGUCAGGGAACACGACCGUCACGCUGCCCGAUAUGUUGUACGAGAUCCGGUCUGCCAUAUUCAUCAUACCACUUGUGUCGGUGCUGGCCAACGUGUCCAUUGCUAAAACUUAUGCUAACGGAGGUAUAGUAGAGGCGACGCAGGAGAUGUUGGCUUUGGGCAUGUGCAACAUAGCAGGGUCGUUCAUUAUGUCGAUGCCCACAUGCGGUGCGUUCACUCGGAGUGCCCUGAGCCAAGCUAGUGGUGUCCAAACGACGUUGUCCAACAUAUACGCCACUGGUUUAAUAUUUCUGUCCAUCAUGUUCCUCACGCCUCAUUUCCAUCUCAUCCCAAGAUCGAUACUGUCCUCGAUUUUGAUCAGCGCCGUGUUGUUCAUGGUAGACUAUCAGAUAGUCAAACCUCUUUGGAAGACCAACCGAGCGGAGCUAUUCGUUACAUUGGUCACACUUUUGAUAAGUCUUUUCUUUACCGUUGAAAUCGGUUUACUUGCAGGCAUAUGUGCAAACAUUAUUCAUUUAGCUCUUAUGUGGUCCAGACCUAAACUAAAAAUCGAAUUAAUCAAAUCCAAAGGAGUGGAGUUCGUAUUGAUAACGCCAAACAACGGACUGUAUUUCCCCGCAAUAGAUUAUUUGUAUAGGGAAAUCAUGCAAAUCCCAAAACAGGAAGGCUACGCAAAAAUACCAUUGGUUAUAAACUGCGCGCACUUGAAGGGACUGGACUAUACUGCCGCCAGGGGGCUGAGCCUAAUAUCUUCAGAAAUCCAGGCCAAAGACCAACGUUUUGUCGUCCUGAGCGCAUCGGAAAAAAUGCGAUACGUUUUUCGAAAGUCUGGCUGCAAGUCGAUGGUGUUCUGUAACUCGCUCGACGCACUACCCGCCACGAUUCUAGGCCACCAUUGUAAAGAAAAAUGUGCAUUGAAUAGCUCAUCAACGAGGAGUAACGAUACUGUGAUCGUGGACGUUCCAAUCACGCUGGCCGAGGGGACUCCUCUGUUGAACGUCAAGACUCCUAACGGGAACGACACCAGAGUUGACAUUUAG